AUGGAGCUGGGUAAGAAUGUGUCUACAUCGAUACACACGAUUGCUCCUGCAGCGUCGAUUGUGCAGCUAGAUGGAAGACCCGAGCCAGAGACCGGAGUAGUGACCGGCGUCGGUGUCGCGUCGGUUGCAGUGAGGGAGGUUAUGACGCCCACGACAGAUGAGACCUCGCUGAUCGAGCUUGUUGGCGCUGCCGUACCGGUGGCCCCGCCGAGACCUGGAUCUGAAACACCUGCGGUGACGCCAGUAGACACGGGAUCCACGGUGACAGCGACGCAAACUGUUACUCCCGAGGGGUUGACUGUGCAGGACGUUGAGGUGACCACUGAAGAACCAGAGGUUGCGGAGGCAGGCGUCGCCGAGGUAGUUCCAGACGAGGAGGCAGUCGCGGUCGAUGCCACAGCGGAAGUCUCAGGGACAGAAACGCCCAGUGAGGCUCCGCCAGAUAUCGGACCUGCUGUCACAUCCACACAGACUUGUAUUCCGGACGAGUUGAGUGUACAGGACUGUGAGGUAGCCGCUAGAGAUCCAGAGCUUGCGGAGCUAGACCCUGUCAAGGUCGCUCCAGCAGAGGAGGCAGGCGAGGUCGAUGCCACAGCGGAAGUCUCAGGGACAGAAACGCCCAGUGAGGCUCCGCCAGAUAUCGGACCUACCGUCACAUCCACACAGACCUGA